AGUGCGACGAGGAUAAGAUGAGUGUUAUUCAUACACAUAAAAAUGGCGAACGUAAUGGCUCUUUUGUUUUUGUGCUUAGUUGCUUCUGCGCUUGCAUCGGGUGAUACAGCGAAAGAUUGUCCAGAAAACGAGGUAUUUGUAGACUGCAAGUUGGCGACGUGCUUUAAGACAUGCAAAGAGUUCAGAAAUAGAGGACCCUGCCCGUCCAUAGCAGCUGGAUGCGUGGAUCCUGGUUGUGUCUGCAGCGGCGACUAUCUCCGAAAUGAUGAAGGCGUCUGUAUAAAAUAUGAAGAAUGCUAAAUAAAGACACCAGAUCAACGACGGCGACCAGAUGAAUACAAAUAGUUAUUAAUAAUGUAUAUUUUGUAUUAAACAGAUUUAUAAAGUA